AUGGUAGACGUCUCUAGCCCCGACCUGCGGGAGGAUACAACCCUACCUGCGGCCCCCGAGGCCCCCGCGUCCAACCAGCCCAUUGCGCAAGCACAACCUGCAGAGCCCCCACAGAAGCAGCAAGCCGAUCACGACGACGAUGACGACGAUGACUCUGACUUGGACGAAUUGGAUGACGUUCUAGAUGACUUCUCCAAACCUAAGCCUGCCCCCGCGCAGCCCGCCCCAGCACCAGCCCCCGCACCAGCGGCAGCCGAGGCCUCACUGGGCGAUUUCGACGAAGAUGCCUUCCUGAAGCAGCUCGAACAAGACAUGGCCAACAUGAUGUCCAACCCGGGCGCAAUGCCAUUCGGCGCAGGCGCCGACCCUAACAUGGCAGCCUCGGUAGAACAAGGCGCCGACGCCUUCGCCAAAGAGCUCGGCGAUAGCGGGAUCCCGCCAGGCGACUUCUUGAAACAAUUGCUGGCUGAUAUGAUGGCCGAGGAGGGCGGGAAUGCCGAGGCCGGUGCAGCGCCGCCUAGUAACCCCACACCUGCUGCGCGUGCACCAGCCGAUACUGGCGCAUCAGGCUCCAGUGCCGAGCAGCCCAAUGAGUCUUUUAAUGAUGCGAUUCAACGGACCAUGGAGCGCAUGAAGAACUCUGGUGAUCGGGCUACGGAGGCGGCGACGGAAGACGAUGGGUUGUCGGAUGAUAUGCUUGCUCAGUUGCUUAAGGCUGUUGAGGCUGGGGCUGCGGGCGGUGACGAGGGUGAUUUGUCGAAGAUGUUUAUGGGCAUGAUGGAGCAGCUGUCUAAUAAGGAGAUGCUGUAUGAGCCUAUGAAGGAGCUGGAUGAUAAGUUUGGUCCUUGGAUCGAGAAGAAUAAGACGGGUGGGAAGGUUUCUGUUGAGGAUAUGACGCGGUAUGAGACGCAGGCCAAGGUUGUGGGGCAGAUUGUGAAGAAGUUUGAGGAGGCGGGAUACUCGGAUGAUGAUCCGAAGUGUAGGGAGUAUGUGUGGGAGCGGAUGCAAGAGAUGCAAGCUGCCGGUAGUCCGCCAGAGGAGCUGAUCUCGAAUCCACUCAUGGAUAUGGGUGAUAUGGGAAAUGCUGGAGCUGCAGCUGCAGCUGGAGGAGUCCCUGAAUGUCCGCAGCAAUAG